CUUCCACAGUCAACACCGGAAUCAAAUGGAACAGCUGUAGAUGCUCGUGGUCACCGCCCACUACAAAGGGGUAGGGAGACCUUCACUGGAAAUAGAUAUGCCCCUCCUCCUGUCAGCGGUGGUAGCAGGUAUCGUGGGCGCCCCACUCCUGCUCCAGUUGGUGGCCGACAGAUCCAGGAGAAAGUUGAGCACCCCGAGGCAGGAGGAUGUACAUAUGGUUCAGAGGAGAUGGGUGUUUUGUGUCCCACUGGCUGCGAUCUAAAGACCACGUUGGUGAAGCAAGAGAGAAAUGUCAAGAGGAGCAUUGACGAACUCAAGCCUCAGGUGAAUGAUUUGUCCCAGUCCUCCAACACUGUCUUCAACUACGUCAAUGGCAUUUCCAACUCGCUGAGGGAGAGGCAAAGACUAUCUAACGGUGCGAAAGAAAUUUGCAAUAUAACAUUGAAAAUGUAAAAAAA